GACUUAGGAUCUGAAGCAUAGAAGAAGACGCCCAUAGAGCAGCAUGUUCAUUUAUCAAAAGUUUACUUAGAAUUCUAAAUUAAAAAUGAGCUUUGCUUCAUAAUUUACCUUAACACGUUUGUACAGCUCAACUUGUGAUGUUAAAAUGUCAACGCUCGUCUUAGACAAUGGUGCGUACUUCGCUAAAAUUGGAUACAGUCAUGAGAAAGUCAGUGUUAUCCCAAACUGCCAAUUCCGUUCAAAGACCUCCAGGCUGAAAACAUUCACAGCUAAUCAGUUAGAUGAAAUCAAAGACCCGUCUGGACUCUUCUACAUCCUUCCUUUUCAAAAGGGGUAUCUUGUAAACUGGGAUGUGCAGCGCAAAGUCUGGGAUCAUCUGUUUGGAAAAGAGAUGUUUAAGGUGGACUUUGCAGAUACCAACAUUGUGAUAACAGAACCAUACUUCAACUUCAGCUCAAUUCAGGAAUCAAUGAAUGAGAUUUUAUUUGAAGAUUAUCAGUUCCAGUCAGUACUCAGAGUUAAUGCUGGAUCUUUGAGUGCUCAUCGGUACUUCCAUGAGAAUAACUCUGAGCUGUGUUGCAUCGUGGUGGACAGCGGCUUCUCCUCCACACACAUCGUUCCUUAUUGCAGAGGACGAAAGAUGAAGGAGGGCAUUUGCAGGAUAAAUGUAGGAGGAAAGCUGCUCACCAACCAUUUGAAAGAGAUCAUUUCAUACAGACAGCUGCAUGUGAUGGAUGAGACUUAUGUGAUCAAUCAGGUCAAGGAAGAUGUGUGUUAUGUGUCACAAGAUUUCUACAAGGACAUGGAGAUUUCACAAUUGAAAGGAGAAGAUAAUACAGUUGUGACAGAAUAUGUGCUGCCAGAUUUUAGCUCUAUCAAAAAGGGAUUUUGCAAGCCUAGAGAGGAGAUGAAUUUUACCGGCAAAUAUAAAACUGGGGAGCAGGUUCUGCGGCUCACCAAUGAGAGGUUUGCAGUGCCAGAGAUGCUCUUUCACCCCUCUGACAUUGGCAUUCAGGAGAUGGGCAUACCUGAGGCUUUGGUCCACUCCAUUAACAACAUGCCAGAAGAGAUGCAGCCCCAUUUCUACAAGAACAUUGUUCUUACUGGCGGCAGCGCCUUGUUCCCUGGAUACAGAGAUCGGGUUUACAAAGAAGUCCGGGCACUCGCUCCUGUAGAAUAUGAAGUUUCUGUUGUUCUGCCACUGAAUCCUGUAUGUUACCCAUGGGAAGGAGGAAAGUUAUUGGCUGAAAACCCUGACUUUGAAGAGCUGGUGGUCACGCGAGAGGAUUAUGAGGAAAAUGGACACUAUGUUUGCGAGGAGAAGUUUGAUGUGUGACUGCACAUGAGUUGAAAAUUUGAACCCUAUAUGUGUUGUAUGAAAACUAAGCUGUACAAAGGCAUACAUACUGUACAUUACACUCAAUAUUAUUCAAUUCAACAUAGAUUUUCACAUUAAAUGUCAUAAUGUAGUUGUUUUCCCCCAUUUUUAGAACGUUAUGUAUAUAUGUUGUAUUAAAAUGUGUAAGGUAGAAAUAAAACUACCAGUUGUACUUUUU